AUCAACCAUUCAAUCAUUUCAAGUAGAGAUCGGUUCAUCACGAACUCAAUACAGUCUCUUUCCUCUCUCUCUCUCAUCAUCGCCUUCUCUCAAAAACCCAACUCUCUUCUCUCUCUUAUCUAAUAAAUCUUUCCCUCCGCGAAUCGGCUAAGGUGAGUUUUGAUAGGGUUUUCAAUACUUUCAAUUUUUUGGGUUAGUUUUGUUCGGGUCAGCCAUUAAUGUGUUUGUAUUUUCUGGUCGGGCUUGAGUCAAUUAUUGUUGGCGAUUUGAUUUGUUCUUCAAGUAUGGAGUUUUGGGUAUGGUUGAAUAUAAUACUGGAAAUCUCUGAUUCUUUCUUGGUGAGAUGGGAAUGCGGGAUUCUUGGGCAUUUAGGGGUUUUCGUCCGCUUUGAUCUGAGAUGGGUUUAUGUACUUAGAAUAGUUGACAUUUGUGGCCCAAAAUUAAAGAUUGCCGAAUAAUUCAUACCAAUUCACCAGCGGGUGUUUGCAUAAGGAUUCCGUUGUUCCUUUGGUUAUGGCUACCAAUGAGAAUCUUCCCCCAAAUGUAAUUAAGCAACUUGCUAAGGAAUUGAAAAAUCUUGAUGAGUCCCCUCCUGAUGGCAUUAAAGUUGGGGUGAAUGAUGAUGAUUUUUCAACUAUAUUUGCUGAUAUUGAAGGCCCAGCUGGAACACCUUACGAGAAUGGUGUUUUUCGAAUGAAGUUGGUGUUAUCUCGUGACUUUCCGCAUUCUCCUCCCAAAGGUUACUUUCUAACGAAGAUUUUCCACCCGAACAUUGCAAAUAAUGGUGAGAUUUGUGUGAACACACUGAAGAAAGAUUGGAAUCCAAGCCUUGGAUUGCGACAUGUUCUUAUCGUAGUUAGAUGUUUGUUGAUUGAGCCGUUUCCAGAAUCAGCCUUGAAUGAGCAGGCUGGGAAGAUGCUUCUUGAAAAUUAUGACGAGUAUGACAGACUUGCUAGGCUUUAUACUGGAAUUCAUGCUAAGCCAAAACCCAAGUUUAAAACAGGAGCUAUUUCGGAGUCCACAACUGCACUUAACGUUGACCAAACAAAUGCACCAAUGCUUAAUGCGGACCAGAAAACUACAACUGCUAAUGCUGCUUUGCCACUGCCAUUGCCAUUGCCAUUGCCAUCUCCACUGGCCCCUUCUACAACUGCUUCCAGAGGAAAUGGUAUGGAUCAGGCCGCCACCAUUCUUCCCCUAUCAGAGACAGGAGUCGGUGGGUCUACUACAGCUGCUGCUCCUGUUAUUAUCCAGAAGAAAGAAGGUGCAUUGUCCAAAGCCCAGGCCGAAAAGAAGAAAAUUGAUGCAAGGAAGAAAAGUUUAAAGAGAUUAUAAAGUGUUUCAUGAGAUGUGUUUGUGGCAAUUUGUUGCUCAUUUGAAGGGGCAAAAAAAUUGACUGUUGAAAGAGAGGGGAGGAGAUAAAAAUGUAUGAUAUGCUGCUGCUGUAAGGGACGUUUCUUGGGGACAAUUAUGGAUCAAAGAAUUUACCAACUUCUUUCUCAGUGUGCUGAAACAUUUAUUUCUUUUUGCCCCCUAAUAAGAAACUUGGAAAGUCUUUUGUGCUGAAA